CGAAAUUUACAGGCGCUUUACUGUUCAGUGCUCAAACAUUUGCUAGAUUUGAUUCAUGCAGAUUACAGAAUGAAAUAUCGAGGGAUACAAGCGUAUUUAUUAAAUUGAAUCCUCAGUGAGAUAAAGGAUUCGCUGAGUCGUUUAUCGACUCAAUCAAUCAAAGGAAAAUCGUAUAUGUACUUAGCAGCAUUGUUUUGGUAUUUGUUAGUAUUUUACUUCCUUCUCGCUGAACGUAUUGAUUAAUCAUCUUUUUAAAAAGACUCUACUUUUAAAUACACAGAACACGGAAAAUGCUGAAAGCAAAGCUGAAGAAUAAACCGGUGGGGAUCGCAAACAACCAGAAAAAUAUUGCCGCUUUUUUCUCAAAGAAGCCGGUAUCCAGCUCGAAUGGUUUGCGCCACAUGGCGCUUGAGAAGGCUGACGCCAAGAGCCUCGUCUUCAGCCUUCUGGGAAGCAGUGACGAAGAGAUUGAAAACGUUCCCGUGUCGCCUCUCUCAACGCGGGACCCCUAUUCUGUGCCCGAGACGCCAGACAGCCAGAUCGGAUCCCCGAACCCGGGCAGGGAGCUGGGCGGUGAGGCCCGGUCUCCCGUUUCGCGGCCCCCGGAUCUAGCCAGAACGAGAGAAAAGACCCUUGCCUCCCGAAGGGCUGUCUUGGCCCUUCGGCCCGUCAGGCACUCUUCAGCUCCCCUGCUGCCGGCCAGUCAUGGCUGUGUGAACCAAGGCGCCUCUGUGAAAAGGACCAUUUGCAGUCCGGUGGAGAUGCAGAAACACAAGAGGUUGAAAAAAACCCUUGUCAAGAGGCCUCUGCUCAACAGUAGCAACGGCAUGAUUGUCAAGGCCUCCGAGGAUGAUUUCUUGGAUGAGUGCUUGAAGAUUAUUGGUGAUUCCCCAUCAGAAAUGAAGCGUGGGCCCACGAUCGUCAAAAGCCCAGUAGGGGGUGCAGGGGACAAAAAAGAAAACAAAUGUGGUCCCAAGAGCACCAGACCUCAGGAUUCUUCUGCCAGGAAGCACAGCACACCGUUGAGCUUGAGGCCUUUAAAUGUGAUGUGCACGGAGGCCAAGGAGCCCUCUGGCUUGACCUUUCCCAGCAGUAGCUGCAGUUCCAGCGAGGGCGAAGGAACCCUCUUUACCAAAAUUUCGGAGCAGAAAGAGGUCCUUCGCUUGGCCGAUCCCUUUGACGAAGCUCCCGGGAGCUUAGCGGAGGCCCUGCCCUGGGCGAAAAGGCUCCUGAAGAGCGAAGAGGUGGCCCGGCGGGGCCCGAGUGGCGCAGCCGAGUGUGUGCCCAGCGCUGACGCUCCCCCGGUCACAGGUGGAAGUGAUCCCGCCUCAGAGGGCGACCUGGCUGGGGUGGAGGAGGGCUGGUUCGACGAUGUCAUGGAGCCGAGUUGCAGAGAGCCAGAGCCAACAAAAUUAGCUGCCAACAAACAGAAGCUAAUCCCUGAGUACGCCAUCCUGUCUUCUGGGGUUCACAACAGAUACUGGGUUCUGGAUGUGAAGGAGGUUGUGGAAGCACAGGGCUGCCAAGAGAAACACUUGACUAUCACUGCCUCGGUGUCCGGCCAGCCCACUGAGCUCUGUGUUCUGAAGGACAGCUGGGAGUCGACCCCAGUCCAGAGGGGUGACAUUGUUCAUCUAGAGGGCGCCAGUGUAUCAGGCAGAUGGGUUAUCGACAGAAACUCUGGGUUUUUGAUUCUGUCACCCGACCUGCUCAUUUCGGGAACCAGCAUUGCCAACAGCAUCCGCUGUAUGAGACGAGCUGUACUGAGCGAGCGCUUUAAGGCUUUUGACAAAAGCACGAAACAGAUGUUGGUGGGCACCAUCGUUCACGAGAUCUUCCAGAGAGCCGCUGUUUGCGGAGACUUCUCAGAGGGGCGGCUGCAGGACUUAACCAGCCAGCUGCUGCUCGGUCCCAAGUUCCUCGGAGAGAUGUACACCCUAAAGCUGGGUCAAGCAGACAUACAGCAGGAAGUUGAAGAAUAUUUGCCUUCGCUCUCAAAUUGGGCAAGCAGCUACUUCCACGCUUCUGAACAGGCAGGGCUGAAGCAGCUAGAGAUGAAAUUGCCAAGUGACGGGAGUCUGAGCAAACAAGAUACAGCCUGUGGCGUCUCGGUCGCUGAAUUCCUGGACAUCGAGGAGAACAUCUGGUCCCCGCGGUUUGGCUUGAAGGGGAAGAUUGACCUCACAGCUGGUGUGAAGAUCCAUCGCCGGGGCCGAACGCAGCAGAGAGUGAUGCCUCUGGAGCUCAAGACUGGGAAAGAGUCCAACUCCAUAGAACAUCGUAGUCAGGUCAUCCUGUACACACUGAUGAGCUUGGAGAGACGCAGUGACCCUGAAGCAGGUUUUCUCAUCUACCUCAAGACUGGCAACAUGCUUCCCAUCGUAGGCAACCACAUGGACAGGAGAGAGCUGCUGAAGUUGAGAAACACGUUGGCGUAUUACCUUAGCAACAGCGUGGAACGUACUGACAGCAAGUCUCCCCAACUGGCAUCGAUGCCACCUGCCAUUAACGACCGCCAGGUCUGCAAAUACUGCCCCCAGAUGAGGAACUGUGCCCUCUACAACAGAGCUAUAGAGAGAGAGAGCUGUGGGGAGCCUGCAUCACAACAGCUGCCAGCUUUUCUGGAGGAGGAGAGCCAGCACUUGAACGAGACCCACUUCCUGUACUUCAGCCACUGGUUCCUGCUGUGUGCGCUGGAGAGCCGCACCUUGGAGCGCAGAGGGGGCCGCAAGAGCAUAUGGCUGCUGUCAGCCAAUGAGAGAGAGAAGAGUGGCGGGUGUGUUGGCAACCUCUUGCGAAGCGGUCAGGUGGAGGCGGCCUCAGACAACAAGUACACACACCGGUUUGAGGGCCACAACGGAGAGAUCCCGGAGACGAGUCUGAUGGUGGGCGACCGGGUCGUCGUGAGUGACCAGGAAGCAAAGCUCAUCGCUGUGGCCUCUGGGUACAUCACAGAAGUGACCAGGACUUGUAUAACCUGCACGCUGGAUCGAAACCUUUCAAGGCACUCCCCGGAGAUUGUUUUCCGACUGGACCAGGAUGAGGGGGUGGGUGGCCUGGACGCUCACUUGGGAAACUUGUCCAGGCUCAUGGAGAACUCCCCUGCCAGCGGAAAACUUCGGGAGCUCAUUGUGGAAUUCCGGCCUCCGCAGUUUGUGCAAAAUCUGAGCAGUGUCUUGCCCCGUGAAGCCAAAGACAUUGUUGCCGACAUCUUAAAAGGGCUGAACAAACCUCAGAAACAGGCCAUGAAAAGGGUUCUGCUGUGUAAAGAUUACACUCUUAUUGUGGGGAUGCCAGGCACUGGAAAAACUACCACCAUAUGCACCUUGGUGAGGAUCUUGCACGCCUGUGGCUUCAGCGUGCUGGUGACCAGCUACACCCAUUCCGCUGUGGACAACCUCCUGCUCAAGCUGAAGAAGUUCAAGAUCGGCUUCCUGCGCCUGGGGCGCGCGCAGAAGGUCCACCCUGACAUCCGGCCCUACACGGACGAGCAGAAGUGCCGCUCGCGGUCCAUUCGGACCCUGGCCGAGCUGGAGCAGCUGUACAGCAGCGAGCUUGUGGUGGCCACAACCUGCCUGGGCGUGAAACACCCCAUCUUCAGCCGGCGGCGCUUUGACUUCUGCAUCGUGGACGAGGCGUCUCAGAUCAGCCAGCCCGUGUGCCUGGGGCCCCUGUUCUACGCGAAGCGCUUUGUGCUGGUGGGGGAUCACCAGCAGCUGCCGCCCAUCGUUCAGAACUCGGACGCCAGGGCUCUUGGCAUGGAUGAGAGUUUGUUCAAACGCCUGGAGCGCCACAGCGACGCUGUGGUCCAGCUGACAGUGCAGUACAGGAUGAACAGCAAAAUCAUGUGCCUGAGCAACACCCUGGUGUACGGCGGGAAGCUGGAGUGUGGGUCUGAGAGAACAGCCAGCGCUGUGGUCCACCUUCCAGCAUGGGGCGCUGUGGAGCAGGAGCUGGCCCUCGCCUGGAACAGGGCUGACAGCUGGAGCUGGAUAAGAGGAGCCCUGGAACCUGGGAACCCUGUCUGUUUCCUCAAUACUGCGGAGGUUCCAGCCCCUGAGACUGCAGAAAAAGGAGGAAUCAGUAAUCCCAGGGAGGCAGUCUUGGUUCAUUCAGUUGUCAGCAUCCUAUUGAAGGCUGGCUGCAAAGCGUCAGAUAUUGGGAUUAUCGCUCCUUACAGGCAGCAAUUGAAGGCCAUAUCAGGCCUGCUGGGUAGCACUGUGUUCAGGGCGGUGGAGGUGAACACAGUAGACAAGUACCAAGGCCGGGACAAGAGCAUAAUCAUUGUGUCUUUUGUGAGGAGUCACAGCGAUGGAAACCUGGGCGAGUUGCUAAAAGACUGGAGACGCCUCAACGUCGCCAUCACAAGAGCCAAGCACAAGCUAAUCAUGUUGGGCUGUGUGCCAACACUGUGCCAGUACACGCCCCUGGAGAAACUGCUCUCUCACUUGGAAAAGGAGCAGAUGAUUUUCCAGCUUCCACCAGGAGCACAAGAAGCCCUCCCAAGAAUAUCCCUGUAAUAUGAAGCCGACCUGGGAACAAUAAGCCGGAGAGGAAUGAAGAAUCUCGCUUUCUUGUUAUAUACCUCAGUACCCGUUAAGGUGUUUUCAUAGGUGCGUACCUAGAUAAGUAGCAAAGCAUCCAUUACAGUAUUAAUUACACUAGUGUUUUGAUUGGGCUGCUAGCUUUUAGAAGCUGAAAAUGACAUCUAAGCAUGAGACUAACGUCCUUUGGAUGAUCUAAGAUUUUAAUUUAUUUUGACAAUGAAAACUACUGCCGGUACCUGAGUUUCCUGAGCAAAUUUCUAGCAUCACACAAAGAUGCUGUGAUAUG